CGCUUAUCAAAAUGCAAGUGUUUUCUAUACUAACGCUUAUCACUCUACUAGUGGGUACCGUGUAUUAUUCUAGUGCUAAUUAUAUCGUCUAUCCACCAGAGUACGAUAUUACCGACGAACAGUUUGUCAAAUUUAGUUCCUGCAUUGCACCGACAUUUGACGCGAAUGUGCCCCAAAGCAGGUACGAUCCGGUUUGUGCCACCGAUGGUUAUUCGUACUACAACAAGUACACGAUGAAGUGCCUCUCGGCGGCUGUUCCGACGGUGCAAUUCUCCUUCUACGGUCGCUGCCCGAAUGAACCGACAUUUCUGCCGAUGGAAUCGGUUCGCGAUUGGUGGACAGUCCCGGAGAACAUACGUCAUGCUGUGAAGAACUGCAUCAACGGUUGUCCGAAAAUGUUUAGCCCGGUUUGCGGAUCGGAUGACAAAACCUACAGCAGCCCGUGUGCACUGAACUGCGUUACCAGCGAAAUACCGGCCAUCCAAUCGGCUUACAUCGGAUUUUGCAAGCAGGACUUGACCGUACAGAACAAGUGUCCACCGAUACUACAACCAGUUUGUGGCACGGAUGGUGUUACCUAUUUGAAUCUUUGCCACCUUCGAUAUGGUACCAAAAAGGUACCGGGUCUCGAGCUGGCUCACAUCGGUGACUGCGUCCGACGUUUGGAGGCCAUCCAGAAAGGAUUCAACUUGAGCGGUAAUUCAAAGUCGAAGGGCUCUGGUUGCGGAAGCGGUUGUGGAUGAUAAGACUGAACCAAAAAGUUUAACUAACAGUAAUUUCAAAAUGUUUCAUGUAAAUUUAUUGCACUUCCAAAAUUUUGCGUGUAAAAUUAGGAAAGAAUAAAAAAUGACAGCUCUUAAUCUACCGUAGAAAGACUUUCUGGUGAAAUUCCUAA